AUCACACGUGCUUGGCCUUGGGAGUGACUGUGCAACUGCUAGCAAGUAUUUUCUGUCGUGCAGCUUUGAUUUUAGUAAAUAAAAUGAGUUCUGUGAAGAUUGGAAUUAUUGGAGGAUCAGGGCUUGAUGAUCCUGAUAUUCUUCAUUCCAGGCAAGAAAAAUUUGUGGAAACACCCUAUGGAAAGCCUUCAGAUGCUCUCAUCAUUGGCCAGAUAGAAGGGAUUGACUGUGUACUUCUAGCCAGACAUGGACGCAAACACGAUGUUAUGCCUUCCAACAUUAACUUCCGCGCCAACGUUUACGCACUGAAGCAGGAGGGUUGUACGCACCUCGUCGUCACAACGGCUUGCGGGUCUCUCCGGGAGGAGAUCGCUCCGGGGCAUAUCGUGGUCCCGGACCAGUUCAUCGACCGGACCUACAAGAGGCAGCAGACGUACUAUGACGGAGAGGAGGGCAGCCCUAAGGGUAUCUCACAUAUCGCCAUGCACUCCCCUUUCUGUGAAAGAACCAGACAGCAUCUAAUUGCAUCAGUCAAAUCGCUUGGUCUGACGUGCCACGAUAAGGGCACAGUGGUCACCAUUGAAGGGCCUCGUUUCUCAUCGCGAGCCGAGAGCAAGAUGUACCGUAUCCUGGGCGGAGAUGUGAUCAACAUGACCACUAUCCCGGAGGUCAUCCUGGCCAAGGAACAGGGGUUGUGCUAUGCCGCCAUCGCCUUGCCAACGGAUUAUGAUAGCUGGAGAGAGACCGGAGAACAUGUCACUGUAGAGGUUGUGCUGAAGACGUUCAAAAUGAAUGCUGCAAACGGAAAGAAGGUACUGCUCGAUGUCAUUCCAAAAAUAGCCGCUGAGGACUGGACAGAAACCAUCAAAGAACAUGAAACAACAGCCAAAGAAGCUAUUAUGUGAUUCAUCCGCCUUUUCAUCCAACCGCUUCAAGAACUUAAGAUAACUACAGCUGCAUAAGGUCAUAAGAAAUAUAUAUAUACUUAGCUGCAUAAGGUCGUAGAAAGGUACUUUUGCUAUGGAUUUUUUUCCAAUAAUGUACUAUUGAAUAUUGCUGAUUAACUCAUUUUUUUGCUCGUUUUAAAUUUUCUUCAAUUAUAGCUGAUAUGAGGUCAUUAAAAAUGUUCUAUUGCUAUGGAUUUAUUUUCAAGGAGGUAUUACGCGUAUUAAAGUAUUAAAGCACACAUUUUAUUUACUCCUUUUUUACUUUCCAUCAGUUAUGGCUGACUAAAAUUUUGAUUGUUUCAAUACUGAUGUAUGGUCUGAUAGAAGCAUACAAUGAUAAAAAUUAGAUCUAAGACAUUGGUCAAAUCAUUCUAAAAGGACGUGUGUGCUACUGCGUAUGAAUUAUUAUUGUUGCAUGUUACAUAUCUGGGACCCAUUUCAUAAAGAGAUACAAAUGUUGUAACUUUGCCAUUA